AUGCAUCCUCUAACUAAACCAUCAUCAUUCCUUUUCGCCUUAUCCUUCCUCUUCUCUCCCGUCGCAUCACACCGAAAUCUCCCUCGAAAUCCUCAUGUUCACCCUCAUCUCGACGAGAGGCUGUUACCCAUAACAGCGACAACCACUGUGGUGGUACAAAGAACGGCAACGCACACAGUAUGGGUCCAACCCACAGAGCAAGCACCAGUGGUGGCACCUGGAGUAGGAGGAAAUGGGGGCGGAGCAGGAGAUGACGCAAGUUCGAGCUCAACCAGCGAGUCUGGAUCCAGUAUAUCAUCAUCAGCAACCGUAUCUUCAUCAUCAUCAUCAGGAUCCUCCAGUACAAGCUCGGGAUUCGAAUCCGCUCUCGCCUCUCCAUCGUUCUCCUCACAACCUACAACAAUCGCGUCGUCGACAUCAGAAGAGGCGAUUUCAAUGACGGACUCAAGUCAACCUACAUCUACAUACAUAUCUGAUUCUCCUUCAUCAUCCUUCAUCUCUUCUUUCGCAUCUGCGACGAUAGACGCUAGCUCGUCAUAUUCCUCAAUCUAUUCGACCGAUUUCCCCGCAUCUUCUACUCCAUCAUCCAUCUCUCCUUCGGUGACCGACACAGCAAGCGAAAGUAGCGUGACUGAUUCGAGUAAUCUGUCGAUCUCAAGUUCAGGAUCAGUGUCGGCGUCGACAAUGUUGAGCUCUUCUUCUUCAAAAGUCGAAUCGAGCUCCAUGUCGACUAGUACCUCCGCAUCUGCAUCCUCAACAUCUUCCGCUCAGACAGCUUCUGUCACAGAUAGCGAGACUUCACCUAUUGCUGCCAGCGAGACACCUUCAUUAACAGCAAGUGAAACAGUAUCGUCAACAACGAACGAGACAGCCUCUCUAACCGCCAGCGAGACAGGAUCAAUCACUGCUGAAGAGACUGAAAGUGUUACCUCUACCAUCUUAUCCUUGACCGCCUCCUCUACUAUGCUCCCCAAUAUGACUUCUACUUUAUCGUCUGAAAUGGCAUCUUCGACAUCCUCAAACCUGUCUUUAUCCGAAAGUACUUCAUUGGAAUCUACAAGCACGGUAUCUUCAGUGGUAUCAGUUACAGCAUCUUUGACCUCAACAUCCGCUGCAGCAACCUCGAGUAGCAGCAACUUGGAAACUCUAGGAUCAACUUUGAUGAAUGCUUAUUAUCCUGAUUGGUCAGGUUACUACUUAUCUCCCGAAUCGGUCGACUGGUCUAAAUUCGAUGUAAUCGAUUUCGCUUUCGCUUUACCUACAGCAGAUUAUGGAUUAGAAUUUACCCAAGAUGAUUCAGCCGAUCUUCUGAAGAGAUUAGUCUCUACAGGUCAUGCAGCUGGGAAAAGAGUCAAACUGUCAAUUGGUGGAUGGACGGGAUCACAGUAUUUCUCAACAAUUUGUGGAUCUUCAUCAAAUCGAAAGACCUUUGUCAAGAAUAUCUUAGCCGCCUACAAUUUAUACAAUCUAGAUGGAAUCGAUAUUGAUUGGGAAUACCCAGGAACAACAGGUGCGGAUGGAAAUGCGAUUUCAUCGAAUGAUUCUGCAAACUUCCUUUUGUUCCUUCAAGAUUUAAGAGCUGCUUUACCCUCGGGUGCUCUGAUCUCAACUGCAACUCAAGUUUGGCCAUUCGCAGGCUCGGAUGGUCGACCAAUGAGUGAUGUUAGUGAAUUCGCCAAAGUGAUAGACUGGAUCUUGAUCAUGAACUAUGACGUCUGGGGAUCUUCGACCACACCAGGAGCCAAUGCACCUCUUUCUGAUGGAUGUGGCAACUCUACACAACCAUUGGCGAACGCUUAUGCCGCAGUUUCAUCUUGGACUGGAGCUGGUAUGCCUGCCAACCAAAUCACACUUGGUGUACCUGCAUACGGAUAUCUUCAAAAGUCUAGUGCAUCUCAAUUGAAAGAUCGAAGAAGAGCAUUACAUACACCACCUCACAAGCUUUCACUCAACUCUACUCUUCAUUCAUCUAGAGCUUCUCACGUGACAGUCUACAACGAUUAUGGAGGUUCAUCAGAUGGUCAAGUCAUGUUUGAAAGUCUGAUUUCCCAAGGUGCUUUGACUCUAAGUGAUGGUGAAUAUAUUGGUUCGGGUGGAUUUGAAAGAUAUUGGGAUAGUUGUUCCAGUACCCCUUGGAUCAAAUCAUCUUCAUCAGGUCAAAUCAUAACUUACGAUGAUACUCAGUCGAUGAACUUGAAAGGUCAAUUCGCUGCGCAUGUAGGUCUCAGAGGAUGUAACGUUUUUUCAAUAGACGGAGAUUGGACAGGUAGUUCUUAUCCUUUGACAGAUGCUGUCAGAUCAGGAUUAGGGUUAUAA